UAUUUCAGAAGAAUGUCCUACAAGGACGAGGGGACUCCGCACUGGGCUCCGACUAGAUCGGAGAUACUGACCUGGCAGGUUCCUACUGGAGUAUCGAGAGGAAGGGGAUUUGCUCCAGCAGGACGGGGUAGAGGGAUCGCUAAAUGGUCUUCAGCCACUCAAGACGACGGACCAGUAGGUAGAGAUUUUAACGGACGCAAUGGACGGGAGAGUGUAAACGGACGAGAUAUUAUUAAUGGACGAGAAGGUAGAGAUGGCCGGGAUGGUAGAGAAGGACGGGGUGGUCGAGACGGGCCGGAUAAUAUGAGAAAUCGUUACAAAGGGGAUAUUGGUUCAGGGUUCAGGAAGAAUGAUGCAGACAUGGACGGAAGAUUCGAAUCUGUGCCUUCUAGAGAUCAAUCCACGUGUUUUAAAUGUGAAGGUAUCGGUCAUCUAUCCUAUGAAUGUCCGAGCAGAGAUAAAUAUCAGAGAGAAGAAGGAAGGCCUGAAAGACCCAGAAGAAGGGAACCAGGGAAGGGUGAGAGUAAUUCUAAUUAUCAAGACGAAAACAAUCGGUUCAGAGAAAAGAACCAUGAAAGAGGAGAAGGUGGUAGGACAGACAGUUUUUCAUGUUACAAAUGCAACGGAGAAGGACACAUCGCUAGAAACUGUCCUGUGAGAGAGGAUGGGAGACCUGAGGACAGGACCCGGAGUCGAGCUCCCAAGGGGGAGGAGUGUUAUACCUGUGGAGAAAUAGGACAUUUAGCCAGGAACUGUCCAGAGAUUAAGAACGGAGAAACUUCUCAUUCUCAGACUGGGGAACUGGACGAGGAUUUAUUUCACCACGGAGUUUCAUCCGGAAUAAAUUUUGAUAAUUUUGAUAAUAUUGAUGUUAAAGUGACGGGAACUGGUGUCAAAACCAAGGUUGGAACUUUUGAAUCUGCGGGGCUGGAUCAGGUACUUCUCAAUAAUAUCAAGAAAUCUAAAUAUGUGAUGCCAACCCCAGUCCAGAAACAUGCCAUACCAAACAUACUAGCGGGGCGGGAUAUGAUGGCCUGUGCGCAGACCGGCAGCGGUAAAACCGCCGCUUUUCUUAUACCGGUCAUUCAUCUUCUGAUCAAACAGGGAGUUGGGUUUACAAGGUGCCCCGGGGCUCAAGCUCCAGAGGUUAUAGUCAUCUCUCCGACCAGAGAACUUGCAUCCCAGAUAAAGAAAGAAGCGCAGAAGUUCUGUCUAGGAUCUAAACUCCGGGCUGUAGUAGCGCACGGAGGGAAGAGUUUGACCGGGCAGGCGGAGAGUAUAAAGGACGGAUGUAAUAUCUUGACCGCUACUCCGGGUAGGCUCUUGGAUUUUAUAGAUAGAGGAGUUAUCAGUUUGACAAAUGUAAAGUUUCUUGUGCUAGAUGAAGCUGAUAGAAUGUUGGAUAUGGGGUUCAGGGAUGCCAUCAACAAGAUGGUGCGGAUCCCUGAUAUGCCGAGCAGGAAAGACCGACAAACACUCAUGUUCUCCGCAACCUUCCCGGACGAUAUUCAAAGAAUGGCGUCGGAGUUUUUAGACGAAUAUUUGUUUCUAUCUGUUGGAAUAGUAGGAGGAGCGUGUAGAGAUGUAACACAGUUCUUCCAUCAAGUUUCACAGUUUGAGAAGAGAGAGAAGCUGGUUGAGGUUAUUCAGAAUAUUUAUGACAGUUCUCCUAAAUCUUCUAAAACCCUUGUGUUUGUUGAGAUGAAGAAAACUGCGGAUUUUAUUGCCAGCUAUAUGUGCCAGUCAGGGUUUCCUACAACCAGCAUUCAUGGGGACAGGGAGCAGCUUGAAAGAGAAGAAGCUUUGGAUGAUUUUAAGAGUGGACGAAAACCGGUUUUAGUUGCGACCUCUGUCGCUGCACGUGGAUUGGAUAUUAAGAAUGUGGAGCUUGUUAUAAACUACGAUCUACCCAAAUCCAUAGAUGACUAUGUUCAUAGGAUUGGAAGGACGGGGAGACUGGGUAAUACUGGUAGAGCUAUUUCAUUCUUUGAUGCCGCGUCUGACUCCGGUCUAUCCGUAGACCUUGUCAGAAUACUAGCAGAUGCAGAACAGGAGGUUCCUGAUUGGUUGGUUGAAGAUGCUCGAAGAAACCCUGCUAGAGUAAACGGUUCUAAAGCUCCUGGUUCCUUCGGAGGGAAGGAUGUGAGAGCUCAGUCACAACCCGGAGUAGAUUGGAAUUAAAUCCAUACAUUUUAAACCUUCAUCAAUAUAUUCCUUCAGAUAGAAGCAAGCUGGAGAAUCAAAACACACCUUACAAGGCUCUUUAUUAUCGGAGAAAUUGAAAGGUUUAAAGCUUGCUGCCGACUUGUAUUGUAUAUAUUAUGAUCUAAUGACUGAAAUUCUUCCUUUAAAAUAGGUUCCCGUUUACUACUACACUUCGAACUAAACAGAAGGAGAAGGACAAAUUUAUGCGACAUUGCUGGUACGACUUUGUGACCUCGUAGCUCCUCUAGUUUUCAUUUUAUGCACAAAGAAAAGCAAAUCUAUCCGGUUACACAUUUUGUUUGUUCUUUUCUUUAGCUUUCCAAAGAAAGGAGUUAUGACUGAAAACAAUUAAGAUUUUCCAAAUUUGUUUUCACUGAUCAGGAUGAACCUCAAUCUUGAUUUUGUAAAUUCACUUCGAGGAAGUAGGACGUAUCUAAAGGUCUGAUUUGAUUUGAUUUGAUUUGAUUCGAUUUGAUUUGAUUUGAUUUGAUUUGAUUUGAUUUGAUUCGAUCUGAUUUGUUCUGUUAAAAAAUGUUCAAUGUUCAUGCCAAAAUCUUCAGAAUUGACCCCCUGGCCGGUAAUAAAUCUGUUUAUUUAGCAAUAACCCCGAACUUGAUUUUGCAAAUUUUUAAAUGUGAAGGGAGGAGUAAAUUCUAUCCAAAAAUAUUUGUCCUUUUUUGUUGUUGCAAUUUUUGGAAAUCUGACAAAUAGAUGGAGUAGACCUUUGAAAACUUGACUGUAAAACUUUGAUAAUGGA